ACAUUCAUCUGCAUGCACCGCCAUAGAGAGAUAGAGGAAUUGAGCGAGAGUCUCUCAUUCAUAAAAAAAGGGAAAAGUUCAUUCAUAAAAAGCUGCUCAGUUCUGCUGUGCCUCAGAAAGAAAAGACAGACGGGAGGAAAGUUAAUGUGGAUACCAAGCUGGGAGCCUGGUAACUGACUGAGAAAGUGUCUGGGUUGUGUGAGAGUUCUGAUGGGGGUGUACACAGCAUGACUGGACUGUAGACUACACAGGACAUCCCCAGUCCCACGCUGUGCUCUCCCUUGUCCAGUUCCCUGAUUAUGAGAGAGAAAGCCUUGCCUUGCGUCAAAUCACAGAAAGGACUCUUACCAGGCAUGCUGAAACGCACCAAAUACAGUCGUCUGCGCAACGAUUCACUGACAUCUCUGGAGGAUCUGCCCCAAAGAAUGCUGCCCCCUAGAGAGGACAUUCGCUUAGACUCUGAUUUUGCCCAGCUGGAUCCCGGGACGCCUACACAUCACGGGUCGUCCACCCUGAGGGACUUCAUCCCCCGUGUGGCCAACAUCCGAUUGCAAAGUCCUAUUUCCCUGCAGGGCAUAAGGGGACAGACAAACUCAGUGGACAUUGACGGACACACUGAUAGACCCUUGUCCAGAGAAAAGUGGGGCUCAGGGCCUAACCAGAAAUGUUGUAGCGAACCUUCCCUCAAUGUACCCCUAUCCACUAAUAACUUGGCUUUGCGCUGCACAAAAAGACCCAUAACCCUGCAUCGGAUGGCCAGCGUGCCCUGGAACCCCGGCUGUCCUUUCUCACAACACAGAGACAGUCUCUGUCGUUUGAAGACCUCCUCCGCGGUAGAUGACAGUACAGUGGAGGGGACAGCAGACAGAGUGGUUCACCAUCACAUCAAGUACAUGGGUAGUGUGGAGGUGACCCAGUCCAUGAGAACCCUCGACUUUGAUACGAGAAUGAAAGUCACACGUGAGGCAAUCAGCAGACUAUGUGAGAGGGUAUCAGCCAAGAGAGCAGUGAAAACUAAAAUGCCUGUAUGCAAGGGACUGUCUGCUCUUCUGGGUCAAAUCAACCUACAGUUUUCUGGGAGCAGGAGCAUCCUCACAGUCUCAACAGACAGCAUGACUCUAAUCGCUGCCUCCUCCUUACAGAAGAUUGCCCACCACCCCAUGCAGGCCAUUUCAUUUGCCUCAGGAGGAGAUCCAGACAUGGCAGAUUACAUCGCUUAUGUUGCCAAGGACCUCGUCAAUCAGAGAGCAUGUCACAUCCUGGAGUGUCCCCGGGGUUGUGCCGGUGAGGUUAUCAACAGCAUCGGUCAGGCUUUUGAGACUCGUUUCCGCCAACUUCUCACACACACACCACCACUCCUCUCCAACAACCCCAGGUCAGCAGCAGUGAGACUCUGUCACAAAUGGAGCCCAGAGGAGUCAAUAACAGACCAAAGGUUAGAGCAGGAAGGCAAAGCCAGGAAGCAAUGGGACUACUACAAUGUGAUCCCGGGAAAGACGCCUCCUGCUGGUGGAAUAGAGGACCUGCGGAUUGGGAGAGAAGACCACCAGGGUGCUGACAUACAAGGGGUUUGUUCAUCUCAGCCUGUUUCACUGUGUGAGAACUCCUCCACCACAAAAGAAACUCCAGCUCCACCUGCAGACUUGGUGGUAUCGGCGGUCAGUGCUGAACAGUGUACCCCCCUCUCUGACACACGGAUCCACCUGAUCCAGGAGGAAGGCUGGUUCCAUGGCAGGUUAGGAAGAGAGCAGGCAGAGUCACUUCUCACCUGUAGUGGGGAUUUCCUGGUCAGAGAGAGCAGCUCUGCCUCUCGUCAGUAUGUACUCAGCGGGAUGGAGGGAGCCACCGUGCGCCACUUACUGCUGGUGGAUCCACAUGGGCAGGUGCGGACUCGUGAUCAGGUGUUUAUUAGUGUGGGUCACCUGGUGCGUUUCCACAUGGAGAACCAGAUGCCCAUCGUCUCUGGAAGCAGUGAGCUGUGUCUGAAACAGCCAAUCCUACAAAGACACUAAAGCACGCAUUUAGAGGCCGUCACAUGCAUUAACAGCCUUCAGCAGUGGUUCUCCUCAAUACUUUUGGAGCUGAAGCACAAUGUGCUAAAGCAAAAA